UGCGAUUCGUACGGCGUCGAUCCCGUGGAGCUCUUUGUCUGUCUCUUCUGCGUUCGUACUCCUACGUCCUACGUACGAGAGGAGUGGCUACAUGGCGUCGAUGAAUGCGCUUAGGUCCGGCCGUCGGAAGGAGGUGUUUGGAAAGUGCCAGAGGACAAGCACAGAAAGCGUUGGCACUAAGAAAACAAGCCUUUUCCGUCCCCCUACCUGCUCUUACCUACAUAAACCCCUUGGCCAGCCCUCCAAGACCAACGGCCUCGAUUCGACACCCCCAGACACGAUCUCGCACCGUCCUGUCUCCCUCGUCGCUCUGCCCUCUCCCCUCUACUGCAGCACAGAGGCGCACGCGCCCGCCCCGACCCUACCCAGGGGCCUCGUCGUUGCCCGAGCCCAGCAACGAACAAACGUGUUAGGGUAGAGGCGAUAUCUCGGGCCGGGCGCAGCGCGCCGACCGGAGCCGGGACAAACCGCCACCGCUACCCACAAUCGAAUCCAUCUCGUAAGACGAUCGCGAAAUAGCGUCGGGCGCCAGCGGAACGCCUCCAGCACC